GUUUGCUGAUUUUUCCAAACGACCCAGUUUUUGACGGCAAAAGACAAAGAAGGACGACGGGAACUGCCUGUGCUGAUGCGACUAAAGGAUCGUGCGGCGUUAGAGUAUAGCCCCAGCAACAACCUAGACUACACGACAAGAUUCACCGACGGGUAAGAGCUCUGGACUCAGCACAAAGGAUAACUACUGGACACACGACAGCAGCCUGAGAUGAAGCUCGCGAUGCUCUGGGUCGUUUUCAGUUGGCUCGUGGUCCUGGCGUUCGUGGCGAAAGCUUACGGCGAAUACUGGAUCAUUGGGCUGCAGCAGUCAUGUCGUUCUUGCAACGUGAACGAAACGUCGGAGGAUGAACCUGCAUGCCGAACAACAGCAGUGGAGGUGAUCACCUCCAGGCCCGCGUCGGCCCUGCCCACUCCCGACGAAAAGGGGCGGUCCGCUAUGACACUACAAACACCGGCUCCCCCGUCGACCAACCGCCGGUCCUUAUGCCGCCAGUUCCAGGGGGGGUACAAUCAGGCGAGAGACAACUAUUGGUCACCCCGUGCUGGCUACACCAACCGUCGCUCUCUGUCCAGAAAGUACUGGGGGCCGGGAGGGGCAAGGUUGACAGCGGAGGACGGGCACCACCGCCCCCGCCUCCAAAACCUGCCGACGAAGGAUACGGUGGGGAAAGUCUCCCAGAUUCCGCCCAAGGCGUCUGUUCGUGCGACUCGUUCUCGCCCGGGGAAGCGCGUUCUUGUGAUUACACUGCUGUAGCGUUCUACUACUGUUGGUGGCGGUGCAAGCCAUGCGUACCAUGGUUUAGAUCGCACUCGAUGAAUGAUGACUAUGUACUGUUCACGUCGACGCAAUACUAAAGGCAUCGCACGUACACAUGGUAGACCGAAGCUUCAUUUCUUGUUUUUGCAAAGGUGGACUUGAACCGCAAUACUCGAGCUUGGAUC